GGGCUGAUUUUGUCUAUGUUCAUCCUUCUACCCAGAAUAUGUGUGGCUUUACAAUUGGGGAUGCAGUUCUCAUAUUUAGUCAUCAUAGUGUGGCAGUUGCAGUCCCAUGGCCAAUGUCAAAUGUUCCAUUGGACAACAUUGCUGUUGGUCCAGUGACUCGGGCAAACUGUGGAGUGAAUGUGGGAGAUAUGGUGUAUAUGAGCAGACUGCAGUGUCCAAUAUUGCCUGCAGAUUAUGUCUAUCUUGUUCCUAGUGCAGAAACUAGAGUUCCAGGUGAAAAAGUUUUUAUUGAUUAUGUGAAACACCAUCUAGAUGGGCUUGUCCUAAUUCCUGGUAAUGUAGUCCAGGUCAUCUACUAUGGUGCAACACGAUUCUUUACAGUGAGAAGAUUGAGCGGCUGUAAUGGAGAAGUUGCCUCCAAACAUCAGUGUUCUACAGAUGGUGAUGAGCCAAAGACUUCAAUUCCAUGCACGCAAGAAAGGCAGUUAUGCAGGGACCUUGAUGAUAAUCAUUUGACACAAACUAUGCUGUGGUUAAGCCUUGAUGAUUCAGAAGUUGAUUGUGGUAGCAAGAAUGAUUGUGGUAGCAAGAAUGUCUCUUCUUAUGAAACAUUGGAAAUAAGAGAAGAUACUUGCAUUCCUCAAUUUGAAUUUGUUUAUAAACUGACAGUUCAAUCAGAAAUUGUUAUUGAGGGAACAGACUCUAAUCCGUCUAAACAUAGUGCUGAGAUUACAUUAGAACCUGUCACUUAUAACUGUAUUGGUGGAAUGAAGAAACAGAUUCAUCAAGUCAAGGACAUGAUAGAGUUGCCUUUGAGAUAUCCACAAGUUUUCUCUGCAGCAGGUAUUUCUUACUCGAAAGGAGUGUUGUUGUAUGGACUUCCAGGGACAGGAAAAACACUACUGGCAAAAGCAGUCAUGUUUGAGUCUAAGGCUCACAUUGUAUCAAUUAGUGCUGUGGAAGUGAUGUGCAGGUAUUAUGGGGAAACGGAAGCAAAGCUCAAGGACUUGUUUCAGGAUGCUUGUGCAAAAGCUCCAUCAAUUAUCUUUAUUGAUGAAAUAGAUGCUUUGUGCCCAAGACGAGAUACUGCUGCAAGUGAAUUUGAAAAACGAGUUGUUUCUACACUUAUAAUGCUUCUUGAUCAUUUGCCAAAGAUCUCUUCUGCUCCUGUUGUUGUGCUUGGAGCAACUAAUCGAUUAGAUACUGUAGAUUCUUCUUUGAGGAGACCAGGUCGCUUUGAUCAAGAAAUAGAGAUUACAAUACCUACAGCAGAAGAGCGAGCUCAUAUUUUGUCUACUUUGUUGAGAAAAGUUCACUAUUCAUUAUUGCCAUCAGAUAUUGUUGCAAUUGCUGAUGCUGCACAUGGUCAUGUGGGAGCUGACCUGUUUGCAGUCUGUAGCCAAGCUGAGUCAAGAGCACUUCAAAGAUGUUUGAAAAACGUUGAUCUCUCUUUAAUUGACACAUGCAGUUCUAUAAAUAGCACUUUUUGUGUGACUAUGGAGGACUUGACUUUUGGAUUAAAACAAGUUCGACCUAGUGCAAUGAGACAAGUUGUCGUGGAUGUUCCCAAGGUCUACUGGAGCGAUGUGGGAGGACAAGAAAUUAUUAAGCAACGGCUAAGAGAAGCUGUUGAAUGGCCUCUGAAACAUCGAGAGUCAUUCAAUCGACUUGGCAUUCAGCCACCAAGAGGAAUUCUUUUGUAUGGUCCACCUGGUUGCAGCAAAACUUUAGUCGCAAAGGCACUUGCUACUGAAAGUGGAUUAAAUUUCAUUUCUGUGAAGGGACCAGAGUUGUUUAGUCAGUGGGUUGGAGAAUCAGAGAAAGCUGUCAGACAGGUUUUCAAGAAGGCACGGCAAGCGGCACCGUCUAUUGUGUUCUUUGAUGAAAUAGACGCUAUUGCUACUCACAGAGGAAGAGAAGAAAGCAGUGUGGGUGACAAAGUGUUGUCACAACUUCUUACUGAAAUGGAUGGAAUUGAACAGUUGCAGGAUGUGACUGUUUUAGCUGCAACAAACCGCCCUGAUAUGAUUGAUAAAGCUUUGAUGCGUCCUGGUCGACUAGAUCAUGUAGUGUAUGUGCCAUUACCUGACUUAGAAACUAGAAAAGCAAUCUAUGAAAUUCAGUUUAGACAAAUUCCUACUGCUGAUGAUGUAGAUGCUAUGCAAUUAGCGAUGUUGACUGAAGGUUUUUCUGGAGCAGAAGUUGUAGCUGUGUGUCGUGAAGCUGCUCUGUUUGCCAUGAGAGAGAAUAUAGAUAGUCAACAUGUAACAAAUGAUCAUUUCCAACAAGCUCUAACAGUCAUAAAGCCGCAGACACCUUUCUCUGCUACACAAAAGUAUGAAGAAUUCGAAAGGACUGGUGGUGUGAUGUCUUCAUAGUAGUGUUGACAAUGUUGUAUACGUAAUACAUGUGUUACACUAUAACAUUAAAUAUUCAGUUGUCAAUCUUUCCACCUUGCCAACAAAGACAGGAUGCAAAUCAAUGCUUGAUUGAUUUCCAGCUGCCUUAAUUUUCUGAUACAUGUUACUUCAAUUAUCCUAGGUUGUGUACAUACAGUUAUUGUAUAUCAGCUGAAUCUUAGACAAUUUAAUGCUACCAAUUAAACUGUGACAAAGUGGACAAAUAAAUCUAAAGCCCGGUUCACAGUAUUGACGCUGACGGUCAGCUGAGCGUCAACAUCAAAGACACUGCCUUGACGCAAG